UGGGCCUGGGCUGGAAGCACUCUCCAUCCACGACUGCAAAAAAAACCCAGCGGCGCUCACAUCGUACUCUCAUACACACACACACACACACACACGCACGCACACACAAACACACACGCACACACACAGAGUGAGAGAGACAGACAGACCCAUAUCUCAGCGAUCCGCUACUGACAAUGACCGCGAGAAACCGAAAUAAGACCAGCUCCGGCGAGAAGAGCGCGGCGUCCAGCCAAGACGACGCGUCGAAGAAAAGCCAGAAGAGUGCGAGUAAUGGGGUGAGUGGCUCCGGGCCCCAGGGGCCCCGGUCUCGGAGCUGCCUCGGACUUGUUGUGACCACAGUGUUCUAUGUGGCCUUAGUAGGCGCCGCGGGCUUCGCUGCCUUUUACCUACAGCGGGCGGUGGAAGAAAUCCGGCAGACCGGCGCCAAGCACGAGGAGAGCGCGCAGCAGAGCGCAGAGCUGGGCAGCAAAAUGGAGCGCGUCGUUCAACAGGUGGAGUCUCUGAGGAGUGUCGUGGACGGACUGGAGUCGUCGCUGGGCAUCACACGGGUGGAGCUGGAGGGGGCCAUCAGCCGGAUGAAGAGGGGAGAAGUGGAGACAAGGAGGGUGGAGGAGGCCCUUCAGAACCUCCAGAACGAUCUACUCAGGGACCUCUCAGAGGGCAUCAAUGAGGUAAAGGAGGCUCGUGAGAGGGACUUCUCUUCUCUGGAGAGGACUGUGGAGGAACGCCUGGCUGAAGUGAGUCAGUCCAUCAGAGCCAACAUGGCAGAGUUCACCGAAGCUCAGGGCGAGGCGCAGCGCCAGCUGGCUGAUCUCAAAGCCCGUCUGGGUGACAUGGAAGACCCUGCGCUCAUCAAGCAGGAGCUCUCUGCCAUUGUCGACGCUGUAGCCGAAAUCAAAACUGCCAAACAGGCGGCUGAUUCUACAGGUAAUUCACUCGCGGAGCAGAUAAGUGCUGUGAGGGAAGAGCUCCAGACUCGCAACCGGGAGGUAGCCUCGCUGUCUGAAGAAGUUGAAACAGUGAGGUCGAUGGUGCAAGAGACCGUUGGGAAUCUGCGGCAGUCACUAUCUGAAGCAGAGGCUGGAGUUCAGGCUCUGAAUGACAAAACACUAACAGUGGAGAGCGGAGUGGAGCAGGCCACUGAUGCUGUUCGUAAUGUGGAGAGGCAGGUGGAUGCAGCAGCUGCCCAGGCCCAGAAAAGGUCUGAUGAUCUUGAAGCUAGAGUUAAAGCAUCAGAGGAGAGUGGAGAUUUAUUCUCUGCAUCAAUGUCAGAAAUUACCUCCAAAGUGGAAUCGCUACUUGCAAAGUAUGACACCCAUGAAAGCACUCUGGCUGCACAGGGGCAGGCUGUGGAAAAAGCCCAAACCGGCUUGGAGCUGGAGCUGGAGGCACUGAAAAGCAGCCUGGAGGCGCUCCAGUCCAACAUGGCCACUCUGGAUGGUGCCCAGAACGAGCUAGCUUCGAAGGACUCCAAUCUGGCCCGGCAGUUUGAGGACCUGGAGGGGAGGCUCGCUGCGCUGGAGGACAGCAGCAGCAGCGGCAGCCACAUGAAGCACGAGCAGCUGGAGAGCUUGGUGGCUGGGUUGGAAGACAAAGAAGCCAAGCUCGAAGGCCACGAUCGGGCUAUUUCUGCUCUUCAGCAAGCUCUGCAGGAGACCACAGAUACACUCGCCGGCUUAUCCAGAGCUCCUGGCAAGAUGGACGAGUAGGGACCUUCAGCUAGCAAUGUGACAUCGGGAUUCCAAAUCAUCCAACAACAGGGACAGUAAUGAAUCCAAACGGGUGACCAUAACCAACUUCUAAUUUUAUGAAUAAUUAUUACUCAAAUCUUGAUGAUGCACACACACACUAGUAGAAAAGCGAGGAAAAUUGGGUUAGGUGAGGAGAGAGGGCCAGAGCUGGACUGCUGAUCUGUGAAUUCAAAGCCACACCCAUUCUGCACUGUAGUUUUAUUUUCUGAUGUUUUUAAUUGUUCUGUUAGACUUUAAAUUUCCAAUGCCGAGGCUGUUUUUUUGAAACUCCAAAUGCCAUUAUAAGCUCUUGUUGAGCACUCCUUUG